UGACGCUAUAUGGAUGGACAUGUUACGGAGUUCAAGUUAUUACAGUCAUAAUUUCAUCGGUGAUCAAAUGUGAGGUAGGCGGACGAGCGCUAACUUAUUCACAAUUUAAUAAAAACCCAGCCAUGGCAGAAAAGGGCAGUAGUAUUCCAGGACCACGCCCGAGUCGUAUUAUUGGAAAUCUGAAGCAGAUUUGCCCAAAGGCGCACAUCACGUGGACUGAAUGGUGCCAGAGGUACGGACCUGUAUGCCGUGUAAAUCUUGGACCCAUGGGUGACAGUAUUUUGCUCGGAAACAUUGACGUCUUGAGGAGGGCAUUCGAAGAAAGUCCAGAGAUAUUUUCUGGACGUUUCGUCUUGCCUAUUGUCAAAAAGGACGGUGCAGUAGGUACGAUGACCUGGGAAAAUGACGCGGUGUAUGAUCAACGAAGGCAGCUUUUAUCGACGGUAAUGAAACAAGUAGACCUCGAUAAAUUGGCGCAAAAUGAAGCGAUUGCAGUUUGUGACGUCUUAAGCGAAAAGGGAGACACAUCGUCUGACCUAGUUUAUCGAUUGAUUGAAGAAGCAAACCUCAGUAUGAUCUCGACGUUUUGUUUCCGACGAGAACAGAGAUGUCCCUACGACGAUCCCAAAUUUAAGGAAUUAAAGAACCGUGUCACUAAAAUGAACCAUAAACUGAAAAAUCUGAUGGGCGAGAAAGCAAAUUUGUUUCCAGUGUUGUGGGCGCCAUUUUACAAAGAUUUUAGGAAAAAGCGUAAAAACUUGCGUUGCUUGGUGAGUAAGGAGUUAGACGCGCAUAAGGAGAACCUCGACAGCAGCAACAUACGGGAUCUUAUAGAUGGCUAUUUAGGGAAAGCGGACGGGAUUGAGUUCCCAGAAAAUGAUUGUCCAUGGCACAUAAUGAACUUGAUGGGCUCGACGAUCACGCUUAAAAACGCGAUCCAGUGGAUUAUUUUACUUAUUACCAAACACCCUGAAAUUCAAACCAAGGUACAAGAGGAAGUAAGUUCUGUGUUUGUUGAUAGAGCACCGACGACGGAUGAUGUCGAUAAAUUACCGUAUACGAACGCCACCAUUUACGAGACAUUACGCAUAGCGUGCCCGGCGGCGCAGGUCGUUCCACACAUGACGCAGAAAGAUGUCAAUUUCGAUGGCUUUGACGUCAAGAGUGGUACUGUUGUAUUCGGUAAUAUCUGGGGACUUCACCACGAUAAAAACCAUUGGGAGGAACCCGAAAAAUUCAACCCAGACCGAUUCUUGGACAGUAAUGGUCAGCUGGACAUCGACAAAGAAUCUUUUGUUCCAUUUGGACUAGGAAAAAGGAGAUGUCCGGGUGAAACUUACGCAAAGAAAGCGAUGUUUAUGUUUGUUACCAACAUCUACCAACGCUAUGGAUUUGAAGCAGUGGACGGCGAAACGCUUCCCGACGUCGAUGAGGGCGUGAUUAAUGUCGGACUUCAUAAUCCACCACCGUAUAAAUUAAAAAUAGUUCCAAGAAACUGAAUAGUUGUAGAUAUUUUUUCUGAUUGUUAUUUAUUAUGAUGAGCAAGUUACUUCUUGAUAAACGCAUACCGUAUAAUUUAAUAAUUCAAGGGUUUCGUCCCAACGUCACGCGGUGAUAUGGAGAGUGCAUGCGCACUCACGUGCAUUGAUGUUUUGUAUCAUCGGUGACAUAUUUAACCUAUAUUUCACGGAUUAUAUAAUAGGCCCUACUAAAGCUGUAACAAGUCAAAUACACAUGUAUAAUGGUACAGUGUACAGUAAAAACUACUACAAUAUGCUUAAUAAGCGCCACUCUGGACGAUAUAGCGCCGUAUUAAACCCUAAAACAUUCUGUACUUUGGGUGAAAAUAUUACAUUGAAUUAUUUACGCCUAUUAUUACUUUUAUUUAUUGAAUAUAUAGGUUUUAUUGAGCUAAACAAAUAUAAGAAUUGUCUUGCCAGAUAUUCCUUGGCUUAUUUAUAAUAUGUUCCCCCAUGCCUUUAAAAAUAUGUGUAUUUGUAUUUAAAUGGUGAGGGAGGGGAUGUGUACGUAUGUGUGUAUGUAUGUAUGUAUGUGUAUAGUCUAUUACUUUAGUACAAUUCGGUAGCAGGCUUCCCACUGUUAAAUGUGAAAUAUAGUAUAGUAAUGAAAUACAGUAAAUACAAUCAAAAUAAAAGCGCAAACAAACGCUAAGCUAAAUAACAACCUAAAAACACUGAAUUAUAAUUCACGAAUGAACGUUGUGGUUAGAUUGUUAGGAGAUUACGUUAACAUAACGUUGUAGCAGCAUUUUUACUUGGAUAUUACGUUAAGUACGUAUUGUAUUUGUGGUACAGUACUUCAUUGUAAACGCUUGCUAAUUCCUCCAUGCUUACAGGGAGUGGCUGGUGCCACUUGGACAUCAUCAUGUCUCUGUGCGAUAGAUUAUAAAUAAAUACGCGCAAACGCUAUGGAUAAUUUAUACAAUGGAUAAUUAAGAUAGGUCUAAUUUCAUGUCUAUUCCAUUGUCGUACGCAAUAUGAAAAGUAAGCUAUUUAACAUAUGCUAUUGAAAUAAAAGAAUCACUGCAAA